ACAAAAUGGCGUCCAAAGAAUAAAGUCAAAACUUGUCAAAAAAUCCUGUUGAAUUUUUGGUCAUUUAUCGAAGAAAUCCUGACUAUUAUCUAAUAUGCAAACUCAAGAAAAAMCUGGAGACCAAAUUGGUCCUCGUGAACGUGUGGUUCUCUUUACUCUAUUGAAGUUCACACUUGGGAUGGUUCUAGUUCCAAUAAGUGGGUUUUUCUUCUCAAAGACACUUAUAUUUGAAGGUCUACUAGGAUAUGAUAAUGGUGCAAUAGGAGCAGCGGUCAUAACGGUCAUUAUCAUACAUGCUAUCAUCUUCAUGUACGUCAGAGUAGCUAUCACUGAAGAUCAGCCAGUCAAGAAGAAAGAUUGAAAUGCCAUACACUUUUAUAUAAAAAUGAAAAUAACAAUAUUUAGCUGCAAGAAAUAUCAUUACCCAACCUUCUCGCAUGGGUGAAUUGGAAAUGCCAGUACGCUACACCUAACAGGGGUUUCAUUGAUGUUUUGAAAUGAUCAAAGGAGGUCAUUAACUAACCUGAGAGUCUAUGUAAAAAUUUUAUAACUUACUAAGCUAUCAAUGUAGUUUAAGUUGGAGAAUUUUGCACAUUUAAUGAAGCAUUCUCAGAUCUCCAACCCUUAAUUAAACCCCUGUUCUAAGGUGA